AUGGAUUCCCUAAGGCUCGACCUCAUGAUGUUGGACGAUCACCUCAACUACCCGGAGAAUUGUGUGAGUGCCGAGGGAGAUGCACAGCAUUUGGACCUCAUAUCUCGCAACUUCCAGAGCCAAAGCGACCACCCGGACGCAGAGGGAUUGGCAUUUGAGGUCAGGUUGCUUCCUAAUGAUGGCAUAGGGGAAAAGAGGGAAUUAUAUUUUCGGGAGAUUUGUCCCUUUUUCAGAGAGCGCGCACAAGAAUUGAGCAGCACGGGGCUGAAGUUUUUCUUCAUGGUGCAGCCAGGUGCUUCCAACCGCAUCUGGAUGCCGUGUAUGCGCGUGCUUCUCUCUGUGCUUCAAGUCAAUCCCUCGUUUCCCCAUCUUGUCGGAACGUCUCAUCUGUCUUCGUUUGGCAGUUAUAUUCGGCGUGGCGGUGCUAACAAAAGCCCCGAAGCCUUUGAGACAUGGUGGUCGCUUUCUGCCCCGCGAACAUGGCCAGCGGACGCCCCUGGUACCCGAGACAUCAUCGGGACCGAAGAUUUCCGGCGCCUCUUCGACAUUCGUCUGUUUCAACAAAAUCGCUGGGCCAUACUGAUCUGGCGUGUAUCUAUCUGCCUGCAAUACGACUUGCAGAAAAGAACAUGCACCGUCAUUGUCCUCGACGAGGGUGGGAAUUUUCGCGAGGGGAGAUUCGAACGGGCCAUGAGGCAACGGCAGGAGUUGAGUAUGCAAGAGGAUCCGUUUUCGAUCCAUAUUCUCUUCUUCUCCGAAACAAUGCAGGACUGGACCUUCUCUUUUGAGACUCUCCAAAGAGAGAUCGACAAAGAGCAAAACAGAGUCUUCAACCGCGCACUCAGAAGGGACGAGUUCGAGGAGACGUCUCGCCGUCUCCACGAUCUUUUGGCAUACCAGCUCAAGUACCAGAACCAUCUUGCGUCGAUGAAAGUCAUGAUCGAUGCCAUGGCAAAGGAACAUGGGCGGUUUCGAGAUAUGGUCGAUGUUCCAGACCACGUCUUCGACCGCAUCGAAGAUAAUCUUCAGCGCCUGCGGAUACAGGCACACAGCAACUAUCAGCAUUCGUUGAGGAUGGAAAAGCAAACCAAGAACAUUCAGGAGCAGUUGCUCCAACUCACAAGCCUGGAAAUCGCAUCGGCUAUAAGCGGGAAUACCCAAGCUAGUGUCCAAGUUCAGCAGGCGAUAAAAGUGAACACCGAGACUAUGGACAAGUUGGUACGCGGGAUACAGGGGCUUUUCGACUUGUGA